CAGGGCUUGUAACCGGUUUAGAAAAUACCGGUAAAUAAAGGUUAAUACCGGUUUUUAGUAAAGGUUUCGUUCGGAGCGCGUCCGAAAUGAAAGCGGUCCUAAAACCUUAAUAAACCGGUUUAAUCCACAGCGACACGUGCACGCGUCGGCAUCGCUUGAAGUUUGUUUUGUUUGAACUAAUCAAGUCACAACUUGUUAAUGCUCAGAGAUUGAUGCAUUUAUUGACACGUUUGCUAGCGUCUAGUGAAUCAAGUUAUUCUUUUUGUAGUUGUGUACUUAUUUCACAUUUUCAAGUGAAGCAUGGGCCGUAAGAGGAAGAACAAAAUAUAUAGUUAUUUUGAUUACGAUAAAGAAAUAAAUAAAUCCAAAUGUCUAAUUGAAGGAUGCGGGCUAACAAUGAAGGGAAAUCAUGGAUCCAAUUUACUUCGCCAUUUCUAUACACAGCAUCGAACUAAAUAUGACGAAUUAAAAAAGAGGGUGGAGCUGGAAAAACAAAAUGACCUAACUACAAAAACGGAAUCCUCUACUACUUUAACAGUAAUUGACAAUUGUGUAAAUUUAGUCGCUGUGCAUGGAAGACCGUUUACUUUAUUACAAGAUGAAGCAUUCCAAAACUUGAUCCAACUAAUACCAAAUAUGAAUAAAAGUUACAUCAGUCCCACAAACAUCAAGACUAAAAUCGAAGAAAAAGCUUAUGAAAUUCGACGUCAAAUCUAUAAGGAAACAGAAAACAAACUUUUAUGUUUAAAAGUAGAUGUGGCAUCAGUUAAAUCGCGGAGAUUUUUGGGCAUUAACUUGCAGUAUAUUAAAGAUGCUACACUUGUUCUGCGUAAUCUUAGUGUUUUAGAGCUGCAUGAGAGAAACACUGCAACUUUUCUUAAAGAUACUAUUAUAACGGUAUUAAGUCGAUACGGUAUUACAAUUAACCAAAUAUAUUCAUUGACUUCAGACAAUGGAGCCAAUAUGUUGGCAAUGUCACGUCAAAUUGCUGAUCUUCAGGCUAUACUUGACGAAACAGCUGAGGACAAAGAUUCUUCUUCUGAAGAUAAUAUUGAUUGGGAUUAUUGGGAAUCAGACAAUUUACAUGGCCACCAACAAUUGGUAGAUAAUCUUAACAACAUUGAGUUUGAAGAUAUCGUUGAACAUGAGACGCUUUCCCGAAUGACUGCUGUUCGCUGUGCUGCGCAUACAUUGCAGCUUGCUGUAAAAGAUGCAUGUUUAGAACUGCAACCAUUUCUAGAAGAGUGUCGGCAAGCAGUAAGAGUACUUCGCACACCUAAUGUCGCGCUUGUAUUAAGGCAAAAUAAUUUACCACAAGCAAUUUUGGACUGCCCUACAAGAUGGGAUUCCAUUGUCAACAUGCUAGAAAGGCUGAUGAGAUUAAAACAAUUUUGUUCUACUCACACUUUAAGUUUGCAGAUAGAAGAGAACUCAUGGACCAAAAUUGAACAGAAUCUCCAAGCUUUGAAACCUUGCAGAGAGUUAUCUAAAACUCUUCAGAAAGAACAAAUCAUCAUGGGAGAUUUUUAUAUAGCUUGGUUAAAGUGUAAAUUAGAAGUCGAGAACAUGAAUACUCCUCUAGCUAUACUAUUGGGUAUAUGCAUGACCGAAAGAGAGUAUCUUCUUCUUACAAAUGAUGUUUUUUUGUCAGCACUUUAUUUAGAUCCUAGAGUGAAUUCCACGCUUUCAGAUGAGCAUUGUGAAAAGGCUAGAAAUCAUCUUAUUGCAACAUAUCAAAGAUAUCUCACAUUGUCUACUAUGGAAAGUACACCACGGCAAAAUAAGGACUAUGGACUAGAAGCCCAUGACCUUCCAAAUUCAACAUCCACAUCAGAUCAAUGUUUAGAAUCGGCGUCCAACAAUAUUGAAUCUCAACCAUCAAGAUCUGUAGAAGAAGGAAAUCAGCCUUCAACCUCUUCGGCUAUUAUUUCUCCGAAUGUUAGCAUUGACAUAUUUUUGCAAAGGCAACAUAGAGAACGUCGCUACCCUACAGUAAAUAACACAGUGCGAGCAGAGCGAGUUCUAUUAAACAACUCAUUAAAAAACUUUUUGGAUGAACCUUUGUUACCAUCGAACGCUAAUAUUCUAGAAUUUUGGAAAAAUAGAAAAAUUACUAAUCAUCAGCUAUAUUUACUUUCUCAAAUAACUUUAGCUACCCCGCCAACACAAGUUAGUGUCGAACGACUUUUCUCAUCUCUGAAGUUUGUGCUGAACAAUUUGAGGAUGUCUUUGAAAGAUUCUAGUGUAGAAGAUAUAUUGGUAGUAAGAAAUAAUACGUUUUACAAUAAGUAACAUGUACGAUUUAUAUAAAUUAACUAGCUGUUGCCCGCGACUUCGUACGCUUGGAAUUAGUCAUUUUAAGUAGCCUAUUGUUUAUCCAAUCUGAUUUUUCUCAGUCUGUUUACGGUUUGUAUUUGAGUCAAGUUUUAAGUCUCUUAGUUUACCCAAGGAAUAAGAAUUUUCAUACAACCUUUCAUUAAAACCUAAAACCCCUAUUUGAAACCCUUCGGGGGGUGAGGGGGGGGGGGGGGUCCUUCUUAGUGCACCCUUAGACCGUGUACUGUCAUACUUUCAAUAAAAUAUUUUUUUCAAUUUCUUUCAAUAAAUAAGAGCGACAGGCGGCCAGCAUGCUCCGCCUCCUCGUCUCGCCCGCCGCCGCGCCGCCAGCAUUUUGUCUUGCUUGCAUCAAGCGCGCGUGGAUUUCCUUAGCAGAGUUAUUUUAGAAAUGUAUUUAUUAUACUCUUCAAAGAUCUUAUACUUACAAUCAUUAACAAAUAUAUUUCGAAAAAGAUUAUUACAGGAUUUUAUGUUGAUCAAAAACUCUAUGGCCCAUAACUCAUUAAUAGUUACACAACUCUUAACAUCUUACACACGUGAUAACUUUUAAACGAAAUAUCCGAUUGAGAUGAAACAAAAAGUAUUUUACUUCUACAUAAAUACUCUUGAUAACAUAAUGCUUAAUUUCGAUAAAGACUAAUAUUACGAUACAUAUUUAACGUAGUUUUUUUUUCUUCAGACGAUUUAAUAAUUAUUUUGAACACAAAAUCGGUUAUUGUGAUUAAACCAUGAUAGCUAGAUAUAUGUUCUCGCGGACUUUUUUGUAGGUCUUAAUGGGAUCUACAAACCCGUAGUACAUCAUUUUGUUCUAUUGUCAAUAGUUUUUACAGCGCACGCAAAAAUAGGUUUUCGAUUUUACACCUUGUGUUACAAAAUAGCAAUUUUAUUACGGAUCCCUAAUUUUGAAAAAAAAUAAACAUAGCCUAUAGCCUUCCUCAAUAAAAGGACUAUCCAGCACUGAAAGAAUCAUUCAAAUCGGACCAGUAGUUCCAGAGAUUAGCGAGUUCAAACAAACAAACAAACAAACAAACUCUGCAGCUUUAAAAUAUUAGUAUAGAUUGCGUUAAGUUACAGUAGUACACACACACACACACAUCUAUUUAUUUUCAGUUCUUCAUCACACUUUAAAUCAAACAUAUUUUUAAAAUAACUGAGCCUAAUACAGUAAUUCAUAAAUACCUCCUUUGGAAGAAUCAGCACAUUGGCCUCCUAGAAUAUUUAAUUUAAUCUAGGAGGUCAACGUGCUCAUGCUUCAAAAAGAUUAACGAUCCAGAAACAUGGUGUUUUUGGACCAUUUUUAUAUGCUAUUGUUGCUCAGUUUCAGCAUCUUAUUAAGUAUUUAGGGUCAUUUUAGUAACACCUUGUAUGAAGGGUGUAACAAAAAGGGGAAAGGCAAAGUUGUUUAGUUUAUGAACACAACUAUACCCUGUAAUAUUAUAUCGCCUUUUUGUUACACCAUAUAAUUGAUAAUUAAUUUUACGAUAAUACGAUAAAUUAAAAUAAUUUGUUAUGCUGAGAAUUUCUAAAAUAAAAAAAAAUAAAAAAAGAAUUAAAAUUAUUGUUAGCAUGAAAAUCAGAGAAAUUUUGAGGUUCCAAAAAUGAUUGUUUCUAUUCUUGAUUAUGUGUGUUUAUUUAUGUUUCGAAUUCGAUGUUUAUGUUUUAAUGAAUCAAUAUAUUUAAGUAUGUUUACGUAAGCUUCAGAGCGCAUACACGGUGCCAAAAAUUGUAAUUCGCCAAUCAAAAGGUUCCCAAAGUAAUAAUUUCUUUUGUCAAUCUCCUUUUCAAAAAUACAGUCAAUACACUGAUUGCCACUUGUUCUUAUUUCUUCAUCAUUGUCACUUGUAACGUCUUCUUCUUGUCGUUCUGUAUCAGAAACUACAUCUUCACUUUCAGCAUUUAUCUUGGUUUCGUUCAGUUUUUUAUUUGAAGAUUCAUUAUUUUUCUUUAUAGCCUGUGUAUUAGAAUUAAGUAUAUGUGCAUCUGAAUAUUUUUUCAAAUCAUCUACUAAAUCAGUUGUCCGACGCUUUUUUGGGCCUGAUAGUAGAGAUUGUGAACCGCCGCCAUCAUCUUCAUUUUCAUAAGCAUAUUCAGUGAAGAAUGGUAGGCUAUCUGGUAAAUCUGAAAGAAAACCACAUUACAAAUCCGUAAUCAAUGCGCAGUAGUCUUUGAAUGUAUAAGUAGAUAAUACGGUCGUCGCUUUAACCUAUUUUUUCCACUGCUGAACAUUUUUUUUAGACAUCGAAAAUAUUUUCUUAUAUUUUCAAUAUACUUCUUAAGAAAACUUGGACGCAAAAUAUUUGUCUCUUAUUUUUAAAAAUUCGACUUAAGUAAACUUCCUAACUGAGCACACAUACAUAGGUAAUUAGUAACAAUUUCUUGAAUAUUUUAAGUAAGAAAUUUAAGAGGAUAACUUACCCAUCUCAUCCAUUGGAACCUCAGAUGAGAGGCGUAAAGUUUUUAUUCUGAGAGGCGUAAGUAUGAAACUAUCACACACACACUACUUCACUCAUUCGCUCUGUAGUUGGAAAGAAACUGACAUAAAAUCAUUAUAAAUUUGAAUUGAGCGGCGAAGGCGAUGCCGUCAGUAAGAGCGAAAUGAAACCCUUUAAAACCGCUAAAUUGAUUCAAAACCUAUUUCAUUUCGCUCUUUAGGAAAACCGGUUUUUUUAAGGUUAAGGUAGAGCCAAACCUAAAUAAAACGCUCCUAAUGUACUUAACACUGAUUUAGGUUUGAAAAUUAACCGGUAAACAAGCCCUGGUA